UGCUGGCUCUUUUCUGCUUUCUAUCUCCUCUCCAGCUGUCUCAUUCUCUUAUUCCCUCUUCCCACUCUCUGUUUUCUCCCUCCUCCUAUUUGCCUUUCCUUUUCUUUCUCUCUCUUACAUGCAUACAGAUGCACACACACACAAUCUCUCUCUCCUUCUCUCUCUCUUCUAUCCUUAUAUCCACCGGCAACAGCCUCCCUCACCAAGCCUGUGGAUCCCUUCACUUGACUAAUUAGCCUUGAAGUGCUGUUGAAGAUCAUCAUAUUUAGCUUAGCGACCUAGCGGCAGAGUGCAGACAGAUAUAGACUAGGCUGGCUGGAGGCUGGGUGCCUGGCAGUGGGCAAGCUCUCUAUCUCUCUCUCUCUAUUCUCACUCAGUGCCGCGGGCUUCUCAGUGGCGGAGCGGCGGAAGUGAGGGGUGGUUUUGCUUUGAAAGAGACAAAAAGGGGAAAAGAGAAAGAAGCAGAGCCGAGACCACAACGCAACCACAGAAUGGCAGUCUGCUGCAGGAGCAAAUCCUCCUAGAGACGGAGACUCGGAGGAGGCAGCGGUCACUGGGAAGCAGCACUGUUUCCAACAUACAGAGAUUUAAGAUGAUUGACAGUCAGCUGUCAGCACAGAGGAGAGCAAUGAGGAGCCUUCCUGAAGACAGCGGCCAGCAGAAGACCAGCACCUACAUCGUGCCCUGCUUCCUCUUUGUGGAGCUGGUCAUCAUGGCAGGGACCGUUCUGUUGGCGUACUACUUUGAGUACACAGACACGUUCCCCGUGCACAUCCAGGGCUUCUUCUGUUUCGACAAAGCCUACUCCAAGCCGUACCCAGGACCAGAGGACAACAGCAAGGCGCCGCCUGUACUUGUCUACUCCCUAGUCACUGCCAUCCCCACUGUGACGAUUCUGAUUGGGGAAGUGACCAGUUUCUUUGUGAAGGCAGAGGGAGCUCAGGAGAAGACCAUAGUGACCGCUGACUGCUGUUAUUUCAACCCUCUCCUCCGAAGGAUCGUACGUUUUCUGGGUGUCUACUCCUUCGGCCUCUUCACCACCACCAUCUUUGCCAAUGCAGGUCAAGUGGUGACAGGAAACCAGACGCCUCACUUCCUGUCUGCCUGCAGGCCAAACUACACGGCUCUGGGCUGCCAUUCUCCGCUGCACUACAUCGCAGAGCGCCGAGCCUGCACAGGAAACCCAUACCUGGUGGCGUCCGCCCGCAAAUCCUUCCCUUCCAAAGACGCAGCGCUCAGCUUUUAUUCCGCUAUCUACACAGUGAUGUACGUGACCCUGGUCUUCCGGACCAAAGGGACGCGUCUGACCAAGCCCACCCUGUGCCUGGUGCUGCUGUCUCUGGCCGUGCUGGUGGGGGUGGUGAGGGUAACUGAACACAGAAACCACUGGAAUGAUGUCCUGGCUGGGUUUGUCACUGGAGGGGCCAUCGCUGCCUUCCUGGUGUCAUGUGUGAUCAACAAUUUCCAGCAAACUCAGAUAGCAAUGCCGACUCCUCCACCCCCACAGCGUCGAGAGGCCCCGAUCGGAAUUCCUCUCCUCAGCUUGCCCCGCGUGGAGAGUCCACUCGAAAAGUUAAGUGUCCUCCAGACUCCAGGGCUACCGUAUUCUGAGAUCACAUGACCAUCAGCCAAUCCCGUCCCCCGCCCCUCCCGAUGUGCUCCUCCCCUCACGGCGUUGCCUCACCAGCGCAGUCUAGACCUGCCCACUGAAUGCCCUCCGCCCUGCCCUGCCCACCCCGUAGGACGACAUCCUCUCAGACGAGUCAAAUCCACGCAGGUCUGAAGGACCACCAAUCACAGGAGGCAGAGCAGCAACAUCUGCGCAUUGCAAGCAUGGCUGAAACCUGUCAUCCGCUAAGGACCAAUAGGAGACGGAUACAUGUCCUUCUGUCCUGUUCUGUCCUGUUUGUCCUCCAAGAUGGCCUCCUUUUCUUUCAGGUGUAAAAGACCGAAUGAAAGAAUCGCCAAAGCCAGAGCUGUUGAAGCAAUACUGUGUCCUCUUUCCCUGUUCUGUUUUCCACAAAGACCUGACAGUGACUCUAAAGACUGUUGUCUGGUGAUGACUUGAUAAAACGCUUAAUUGAAAAAAAA